CUGAACUGAAACUUUCCAAGUUGGUAAAAGGAUUACUUAGUGUUCAUUUUUAGCAUAAUUACUCAUAUUUCUAUGCUAUAUAAGAAAUAAAACAUACGGAAUAGUGUUUUCAGGUUUAGAACACAGGCUCUGAUUACAGCGAUUAUUCUUGUUCUUCAAGAUGUCUACAGGUGCAGAUGAUCAGUAUGAUUACAUUUGGAAAGUGGUGCUGGUUGGUGAUUCUGGGGUUGGAAAGACAAAUCUGUUAUCUCGCUUCACAAGGAAUGAGUUUAAUGCUGAAAGCAAAAGUACAAUAGGGGUUGAAUUCGCUACAAGAAAUGUCAACAUUAAAGGCAAGAUGGUGCGGGCACAGAUCUGGGACACUGCAGGUCAGGAGCGAUACAGGGCCAUCACAAGCGUGUAUUAUCGUGGUGCUGUGGGUGCCCUUGUUGUGUAUGAUCUGACCAAACCUCAGACGUUUUUCAAUCUGGACAAGUGGCUUGAUGAGCUCAGAGAGCAUGCUGAAGCUAAUGUCCGCAUCAUGGUGGUUGGCAAUAAGACUGACCUUCGACACCUUCGAGCUAUUACUACGGAUGAAGGCAGGACUCUCGCUGAGAAAAGUGGGUUUUCCUUCAUUGAGACAUCAGCUUUAGAUUCAACAAAUGUUGGGGAAGCUUUCAACAACCUACUUGUUGACAUUUUCAAGACCCAGGUUGAUGAGCAAGGGAAACCUCCCCUAUCUCAGACUGGCAACAGUGGAGAUCUGAAGGGUCCUGAUCUGCCUCCAACAAGACCAGAGGAAGUUCAAGAAGGGUGUGCUUGUUAACAUAUAAAUAUUUGUAUAAAUUUGAUCUCUGAUGAGUGUGUGCAUGGUGUAAUUGAUACUAUAGAGAUUAAUUGAAAUAGCUGUAUAUAGUUAUAGUUAUGCUGUUUGUUCUAGACUUCAAAAAUUAAAAAUCUGUUGACAAAAAUUGACAUUUUUUAGAGUUAUUUAGAUUCGGUCAGGUGGGUUUUU